AUGCAGGCUAAGGAGGUGCAGGUGCAGUUGGCGGCGCCGAUCGAGGACGACGACGAGCUGCAGGACCUCGGACAACUGGGUGGACGAGGUGCCGCUGUCUCGGCCGAAGAGGAACAUAUGCCGCGACUUCGCGGAUGGCGUCCUCUUCGCGGAGAUGGUGAAUCAUUAUUUUCCCAGGAUGGUGGAGAUGCACAGCUACAGUUCGGCAAAUUCCAUGCAACAGAAGAAGGCGAACUGGAAGCUGUUGAACACGAAGGUGCUCAGGAAGCUGGGCUAUCCCGCAUGCCGGCGCAGGACGUUGACGACGUCACCAAGGCAGUGCCCGGGGCUGUGGAGAAGGUCUUGAAGCAAUUGCAGCAGAAGGUGUUCGCCGCUCAGAACGGCGAGCUGAAGGUGCCGCGCGGCCCGGGGGCCGCCCGGCCCUCCCUGGACGGCCGCGCCGGCGCCAACCACACGCCCGUCAGCGCCGCCCCCAGCGCUGGCGGUGGCCCACCGCGGGCCGGCUCGCCGCGCGGCGCUGCGAGGAACAAGCAGGAGGUCGACACGGAGCUGCUCCUGGAGAAGGAGCAGACAAUCGCGGAGUUGCGGGAGAUGGUGGGCAUCAUGUCUGAGAAGAUCCAGAAGCUGGAGCAGUUGGUCAAGGUGAAGGACCAGAAGCUCGAGGCAAUGGGCCAGAAGAUGCAGCGCUUCGGUGUGUCCUGA